AUGUCCACACGAGCAGUUGAUUUAGCAAACAGACGUAAAAGUGUAUCCGUCCACUGUUCAAAGGAGUGCGACAAUGAAAAAAGCAAAGUCAGCUCAAUCGUAUCGCUUCGUCUAAAGGCUACCCGGUCAAUUCUGAGAAAAGCUUUGUCAAAACUAAAGCCGAUCUCACCAAAGGUGCGAAGCUUUGUCGCGCAAACGAUAGAAAAUUUCAAAAGAUAUAAACCAGCGGACGAGUCUCGAGUGAACAGCCGCUCGAGAAAGAUUCUAAUUAAUGACUCCAAACAAAACAUACCAACCUUGAACGCACGAUUUCAAAACAAGACAAUAAAAAGUUGGACGUUAUUAUUCAUACCCUCUAUAAUUUCAUAG